UGACGUAUUUCCGGCGGGGAGCUGGCGGCGGCCGAGGAGGGGAGUCGGUGUGGCGGCGGCCCGGGGACGGCCGGGGGCGAGUGAAAUCCUCAGCGAUGUCUUUCAUCUUCGAAUGGAUCUACAACGGCUUCAGCAGCGUGCUGCAGUUCCUCGGUUUGUACAAGAAAUCUGGAAAACUUGUGUUCCUGGGCUUGGAUAACGCAGGCAAAACCACUCUGCUGCACAUGCUCAAAGACGACAGGCUGGGUCAGCAUGUCCCCACGCUACAUCCCACAUCAGAGGAACUGACAAUUGCUGGAAUGACCUUCACGACUUUUGAUCUGGGUGGACAUGAACAAGCUCGCCGGGUCUGGAAGAACUACCUGCCGGCCAUCAACGGGAUCGUCUUCCUGGUGGACUGCGCAGACCACUCGCGGCUUAUGGAAUCCAAAGUUGAGCUUAAUGCCCUAAUGACAGAUGAAACAAUAUCCAACGUGCCAAUCCUCAUCUUGGGUAACAAAAUCGACAGACCGGAGGCCAUCAGCGAGGAGAAGCUGCGGGAGAUCUUCGGGCUCUACGGACAGACCACAGGAAAGGGAAACGUGCCACUGAAGGACCUGAACGCCCGGCCCAUGGAGGUGUUCAUGUGCAGCGUGCUGAAGAGGCAAGGCUACGGCGAGGGCUUCCGCUGGCUGUCGCAGUACAUCGACUGACGCUGGGACGCACCUCACGGGUUUCAUCUCCUCUGGACUCGAUCCUGUUCCCGCCUCCCGACGGGACAGUUUUUUUCUCUUGGGAUGCGGGGAAGGGGGGGGUUUAUUUUUUUUUCCUCCCCCCUCCUCCCUUAACCCCCUCCACCGCCUCCUGGCCUUUUUUGACCAAGAGACUCGGGGUCGGCGGCUGUCCCCGCGGCACAGUGGUGACACAACUCUUUUCCAUGUGGUGUGGAGAGGUGGCAGCCCGUCCGUCUGUCCAUCCGUCUGUCUGUCCCCUUUCCCCGGAGGGGUGACACGACGGGGGGGGCUGGUGUGACUGGGGGAGGGGGGGCAGUGACACUCUGCACGCCGCGCGGCAACGGCUGAAAAAGAGAGCACGUCUCACCACUGUGGUUAAUUGACUUAAAAAAAAAAAGAAGAAAAAGAAGAAAAAAAAAUUAUAUUUUUUAAAGGAAGCGUUAAUGUAAGCAGCGUCCCUUCUAACUUUUUAGUUUAACAUUCACCUUGUUUAGUCCAGAGUCCGGUUAGGGUUUUUUGGGGUUUAUUUUUGUUUUGUUUUUUUUUUCUUUUUUUUUUUUUUUUUAAAUAUAUUUAAUGAUAUUUAGAUAAUUUCACAAGUUGCUGAACCCCCAGGUAUCACGGUGUGCGCAGUCCUCAAUAAACGUAGCGUUUGGGCUUAA